CGAAACAUUGUGUGUGAAGUGAAGCAGCAGAGAGGAACGCGUGGAGAUGGGUAAAGGCAACCCACAGAGAGGAAGCACCGGCGACGAGCUUCAUACGGCGGCAAGGUCCGGUGAUCUCGUCGCUGUUCAGAUGAUUUUGACUUCAAAUCCUUUGGCUGUUAAUUCCAGAGACAAGCAUUCCAGAACACCACUUCAUUUAGCAGCAUUUGCUGGACAUGCAGAGAUAGUAAGUUAUCUGUGCAAGAAUAAGGCUGAUGUUGGGGCUUCUGCUAUGGAUGACAUGGCCGCAAUACACUUUGCUGCUCAGAAGGGGCAUUUGGAAGUUGUUAAGGCUCUAGUUGCAGCUGGUGCAUCCAUCAAGGCUUGUACUCGCAAAGGCAUGAAUUCAUUACACUACGCUGCUCAAGGUUCCCAUCUGGAGCUUGUCAGGUACUUGGCCAAGAAAGGGGCGAGUCUUACUGCCAAGACAAGGGCAGGAAAGACCCCUUUGGAUCUUGCUAACAAUGAAGAAGUCCGCUCGUUUCUGGAGGAAUUCGAAAGAUCAGCCAAGAACAGAGCAUCUAGCAACAAAGAUAAAGCUGAACAGUCUGAUCCAAAAGCAUCCACGUUGGAAUCAGAAGAUAAUUCAAGUGCCAAACAGCCUGCAGUGGCUGUCGAUGAAGAAAACGGUGACGGAGAGAAGACAGAGACUAAUGAGGAUGACGAAAACAGUGAUAGAGAGAAGAGGAAGGCUAACGAAGAGGACGCAAGAGAAGACUCAUCACAAUCAAAAAGGGCAAAAGUUAAGUUGAGCCAUCUCCAAAGUUCAGAUGAUAUCCAAGAAGAAGAAGAAGACAUGUAGGUUGGCAGAGGCAUAGUGUAGUAGAAAGGAAGUUUUAUUAUAUUAGUCUGUAAUAGUAUCUGAUUUAGAAUCUCUUCUUUUUUAUUUUUUUUUAAAAUUAGAUAGACUUAGACCUUCUAUUGACUGUUUAUUAAUAUACUAUUAAUACAAUUAUAUAUCAUCUUGAGAAUUUUUUCA